GUCAAACGGAAAAUGGCAGCGACGAGUGUUGUCGUUCUCGACAGAGGCAACAAUACAACUUGUACCGUAAAUCUUUUCGGUGCUACAGUAGUAUCAUGGAGAGUGAAUAAUCAAGAACAGUUAUUUGUUAGUAAACAGGCAGUGUUCGAUGGCAAGAGGGCGAUAAGAGGAGGGAUACCGUUUGUUUUCCCUCAGUUCGGACAAUGGGCCUUCGGUCCGCAGCAUGGGUUCGCCCGGAUAGCUCGCUGGCACGUCGAGAAGAUGCCAGAGCGGCUGCCCAGCGGCGACGUCGAAGCUGUCUUCAGCCUCAUGGAUGACGACUUCACUAGGUCCAUGUGGCAUUUCCAGUUCAGACUGACGUAUAGACUGAUCCUCCGCGAGAAGGAGCUGCACUUCAACAUCGGCGUGUACAACCCCAGCAAGGAGCUCACCUUCAGCUGCCAAAUGUUGCUGCACACCUAUUUCAAGGUGCCCGACGUUAGGCGCUGCCAGAUCACCGGCAUGCAUGGCUGCAUGUUCAUUGAUAAGACUAGAGAAGGCGCCGUGUACCAGGAGACUCGCGAAGUAGUGACCAUCAACGAGUGGACGGACAGGAUCUACCAGAACACGAUGCAGGAGCACAUCAUCACCAACGUCGUCAGCGGACGCAAGAUGAGGAUACAGAAGUACAACUUCCCUGAUACUGUGAUCUGGAAUCCAUGGGCGGAGUACGCGAAAGAGAUCCCGGACUUCGGUGACGACGAGUUCCCCAACAUGGUUUGCGUGGAGGCAGGCCGCGUCGCCGCGCCCAUCGUACUGCUGCCAGGCACUGCCUUUGAGGCCAGCCAGAUACUGCAGGUGAUGUAAGAGACUGGGCGACCCACACAGAACGCAGCCGUCCACAGGAGCCGAGUCAAUUCAGGUGUCCGUGUCAUUACGUAGUCACACACCAGCCACUUAGCCAGGGCUCUACGCAUCAUUCCUCAACACUAUGGCAUAUACUAGCUUGUAAACAUUUACUGGUACAAAUUAAGUUGUUUUAGUGCUGAUUUCUCAAUGGUUAGAUAAAAGUUGCAUGGGAAAUAAUUAUGA